AUGAGGGUCCUCUACCUGCUGCUGCUGACUCUCGGCCUCCUCUUUUCGCAGCUGGCCACAGGUGUUAACCUGCUUACGGGUCUCGGCCAGAGGUCCGACCACUACAGAUGUGUCAAGAAAGGGGGGACCUGCAACUUCUCCCCCUGCCCGCUCUUCAACAGGAUUGAAGGCACCUGUUACGGCGGAAAAGCCAAGUGCUGCAUCCGUUGA